AUGCCCGCCCCGUCGCCACUGAAGAGACCCGAUCCACCUUCCGCACCUCGGGAUUCACGGGAGACUGCGACACCUCAUUCCGGGCAGAAAAGGCCGAGACGGGCGACCCACACGCGGGUGGAUGGGGCUCUCCGUUCCGAUCACAUUGACAUCGUCCGUCGUAUUGACAGAACGCUGUGGGACAAGGCUCUGGUCACAUUUCAGCGUCAUUUCGCCACGGAGCUCUCAUUCCUACAUGUUCCGACUCUCAAGAACAGGAUAUACGACUUGACUACCGGCCACGCGUCGGUAGCAUUCGAUACCCAACUAGUCCUUCUCGGUCUUCUUGCCUUAACCGGGAGGUAUCAUGGAGAGCUCGCCGAUUACUUCGACCACGGCUCUGAAGAAGUCUCAUACGAUCCCAGUCUUGGGGACCAAGGUAUUUCCGAAGCUUUUGCAAGAACGUUGGACAAGUCUCUGGGCUCGUUCGUAUCGGCGUGUUCCAUCGGAUCUGUUGAGCGUGUGCAAGCCUUACUCAUGCUCGGUCUCUACGAAUGGAUCUCGCCAAAUCACGAGGGUCUCCGGGCUUGGAUGUUAGUCGGUUCGGCAGGACGGAUGGCGCAGGCGCUCAAGCUGGGGUACGAGGCCAAUUACAGUACAGCGAACCACUCCGACGCAACACUUGAAGACGCUAUCGUGGAUCGCGAGAUCAGACGCAGGACUAUGUUCAGCUGCUUCAUCUUCGAUCGACUUAUCUCUUGCGGCAAAGAACGGCCAUCAUUCAUCCGAUCAGAUGACCUACACGUGCGAUUACCCUGCGCCAAAGAGGACUUCGACUUAAGCCGUCAGACUAGCACGGAGUGGUUCUCGGGUGACAUGGACUCGUCACUGCACGAUGAAACCAGCAUCCUGGGUCGAUUUGUCCAGCUAGUCGACCUAUGGGGUCGCAUAUCUCAGUAUUCUAGUGCUGGCGGUCGGUUCUUGGACAAGCAACGUCCUCCUUGGAACCCCGAGUCCCUUUUUUUCCAGCUGCGUCGAGAAGCAGACGCCUUUAGUAAGACUCUUGAAGCUCCAGGUGCAUUUCUGAGCCUCAGCCCUUCAAACUACUUCCGCCAUGAGAGCACGUCCAGCACAUUCAUCAUACUUCAUCUUCUAAUGUCUCUUUGCAAGAUAAUGCUUCAUCGGCAAUAUCUACCCUUCAUUCCAAUCAAAUGUACCAGACCAUCUGGUCCUUUGGAUGAGCCUACAUUCCCACCGGAGGAGGUUCCUCCGGGAUUUUGGGAAGAAAGCGCUCGAGAGCUUUUCGGAGCCAGCAAGACGGUCGCCAACGUGAUUGAACUGUGCGAGGAUCGCCUUCCACAUUCUCCUCUUGUGGCCUUCGUCAUCUACACUGCUUCUUUCACCGGAGUCUACGCACAACAUUUCCCUCGCAUGGACACAGAAGCCUAUCUAUGUAGCCGAUCCAGCGAGCAAGACGAAAUGGCCGAGAAUCAACCCAUCAGUUCUUCGUUCGGCCCAACAAAAGUAAUGUUCGACACGCUUUCAGAACUUGCCAGAUAUUCAGGGGUUGCAGCAGCGUUCGUCGCGAGGUUUUACGAAGUAGAUCAGUACUUCUCUUCCAUGGUUCAGGAUUACCACCGCAACCUCCGACAUCGCACCACGUCUCAACAAUCUGCAUCUUCUCAUCUCCACUACUCCGCCAUCUCAAUCGCCAUCAUGCAGUUCUUCCAGAUUGCCUCCAUCCUCGCCCUCAUGGCCUCCUCUGUCUCCGCCGCGGUCACCGUCGGUUCCGCUUGCGAGGGUGCCGGCUAUGAGUGUGUUUCCGGAAACGCGGCCAUCGCCUCUUGCGACGGCGCUAAGUGGCAGCUCGCUGCCAACUGCGGAGGCUGCUCCGACGCCUGUGUCAAGCCUGAUGUCGGCACCCCUUACUGCAAGUGCUAA